UUGUACUCGAUGCUCAAGCAGGCAUAUGACGAAGACGGCGAUUUUGUGCCCUUCGAGUCCUGGAGGGACGACAAGAGGAAAGCUGUUCCCCACUUUGCUUACUGGCACACUUUUCUUAUCCUACAACUGACCAUGCUGCAGUUCGUACGAUCCAUUCGCUCUGCUGACUUUGCCUGUUACGUAGAGACACUUGAUUUGAUAAUGCCAUGGUUCUUCGCUUUGGAUCAUCUUAACUAUGCUCGCUGGGGCUCAGUGCAUGUAAGAGAUAUGGCGAACAUUGCCCAAACACACCCGGCUUUAGCAGCUGAAUUUCGUGCUGGUCGUUUUGUUGGGAGAAAUUCUAGCCGAGAGUUCUCUGGGAUGGCCCUAGACCAAGUACACGAGCAGCUAAAUGCCCGAAUGAAAGGAAAUAGCGGCAUGAUUGGACUUACUGAGUCCCCAGAUACCCUACUCAAAUGGCUAUUGUCCGGUCCGGACGUGGCUGUCGUACUCGAAAAGUUUGAGGAGGCUUAUGGCAUGCAGCAGACUUCCGACUUAACUCUGCACCACAACGAUACGGCGGCGGCGAACGCGGCAUUCAGGAGGGAUGUCAAGGCCUUAAGAGCAAGAUUCCUCGAGAGAGGGAACCCUUUUCUGGAAACCGGUGAGGAGCUCUUUAACAUCGACAGCGGCAGAGUAGUUGCAGAUAAGGCGGCACUUCAGGCAAUCAUGGAAAUUGAAGAUAUAGGCAAAAGGCAGUACGCACUUUUCGUUCAGGAGCGGCUGGAAAGUGACACGAAAAGCCUCUUUGACCCUAUUUCUAAAAACAAUUUUAAGUUAAUGAAGGCAGCUACAAAGAAAAAAGUUGUAACAAAAGUAGCCUCUUUGAAAAAUGACGUAUUUCUGUUCAGCCGGCUGUGGAUCACUACCCAUAUGCGUAAAGGCGACAUGAAUGAGUUCUUUAAGCAUGAAAACCAAGCUCUGCCACCGUCCCUCACAUUAAAUGGCACCAUGCGCACAGGAGAAAAGUGUGAAAUAGUGCCCGCCCUGAUUGAACACACGACCGCAGUCUGCCUUAGCGCUUUCAGACCUACUGUUGAUGCAAUUGUAAUCGAUGGCGCUGCCUUGGUCAAUAUGAUACAUCCCAGUGCUACUUGCAAAACAUUUGUCGAGUAUUUUGCCUCAUUUCACAAUUAUGUAGAAAGGGAAAUGAGAAGUGUGUCCAGAGUAGACCUUGUAUUCGACGUUUAUCUUAAAGAUAGCCUGAAAAAUGGGACAAGAGACAAGAGAGGGGAAGGCCAGAGAAUGAAAGUUACCCUGAACUCAAAACUUCCAACAUCGUGGUCCAAAUUUAUGCGGGACAGCCAGAAUAAGGAGGACCUCUUCAAUAUGUUAGCAGACUACCUCGUUGACAAGGAUUGGAAUGAAAAAGUGCUAAUUGUCACUCGGCAAUCGUCUUGUUUAUCAAGCACAAGACAGAACCCUGGAGAAAAUCUGACGCCUUGCAGCCAUGAGGAGGCUGAUACGCGCAUGAUGUUGCAUGCUGCAUCAGCCGCUGCAAACGGGUGUCCAAGGGUGUUAAUCCGGACAGUUGAUUCGGACGUAGUCGUGCUGGCGGUGUGGACUGCCUCUAAAGUAGCCAUGGACGAACUGUGGCUGUCGUAUGGCGUUGGAAAGCACCAGAAAUUCAUAGCAGCGCAUGAAAUUGCCAAAAAACUAGGUCCAGCAAAAUGCGAGGUACUUCCGGCAUUCCACAUCCUCACUGGCUGCGACAUCACGUCAUCAUUUGGAAGUGUCGGCAAGAAAACUGCAUUUGAUACGUGGAUGCUUACACCGGACGCAACUGAGGGAUUGCAACAACUAAGCGAUGGGCGACUAAAUGAGGCACUUCCCUUGCUUGAAAAAUUAGUCAUAAGAAUGUAUAGCAAGAAGUGUGCAGAGACAAAAUUGAACAGUUGCAGAAGGGCGUUGUUUCAGGAGGGAAGACAAAUAACCUCUCUACCACCCACGCAAGACGCUUUCUUGCAGCACUGCAAACGUGUGAUGCGGGAAGUGAAGGUAGCGCUCCAAUCACUUGUCCCCUUACCUGACGUCCCAAGUCCAGACAAAUGCGGUUGGCGACGUUCAAUAGAAGGAGACUGGGAGCAGGUGUGGAUAACACUGCCCGAGGCGUCAAAAGCAUGCAAACAGUUAGUUUCUUGUAAGUGCAAAAAACCCUGUAAGCCAUCUGCAUGCUCUUGCCUAAAACUCACUAAGUGGGGGUGUUCAGAUCUAUGUCCAUGCCCGUGUCCUAAAACUGUGAUUCAAAAUGACACUGACGAAGAAUAGUUCGUGACAAAACUAAUGAUGGAAAAGUUCUAUGAUUAAGUUAUGGGAUGAGUACAAAAGAUUUUUAAAAUGCUGUUUUAAAUAAUAUUGUUUGAAUAAAUUUUGAAAUUUUAUAGUGUUCUGUU